AUGAAGUUCCUAUUAUUUAUUUUUGUAUUGGUUAAAGCGGAUUAUGACUUGGAGUAUGAUCCUCAGGAAGUUAUGAUCGCUCAGGAGUCCCGACAUUACGAAACCAUAGUUAAGCCUCCCGUGAGGAUUAUUAAACCCAGAGGAGUCACGAAUUCGCAUCGGCCGCAAUACAACUUAGACUCUAUAGAGGUCGAUGAUAAGGACAGUGAGGGGAUGGUGAGGGAGGCGGUGCUCAGGGCAUUGGAGAAGAAGAAGAAUCACAUGGGAAAUUUUGCACAGAUUCUCCCGAUUAUACGGGCGAUGUCAGGGAACCAGAGGGUGGCGCUAGCCUCAUUGGUGGCAAGUCAAGUGUCAGCGCCUGGGAGACAAGUCCUAAAUCUGGCACAGGUGAGAUCACUGGUUGGUAACGAAAACUCCACUGCCGAACUCAUGCUUCCUAUACUACUGGACACAGCUAAUCUAAUCCAACGAUCCCUUCACGCUAAGAAGAAACCAAGAGACACACGAUAUUUAUCAGGAAACCCAAAAUUCAUUCCAUAUCCAUUUGACAUUCAGCAGCGAGACAUACCAGACAACCAACACAUAGAAAACCGUUUUCCAAAUCAACCACAUUUUCAAAGACGCUCUUAUCUAGAGGAUCUAAACGAUGACGAAUUUAACAUAGGUGUACAAAAUGCUGACACACAAGAUCGAGUCACUAAAUCAGACAAAAUCAGACUUCCUCCAAGAGUACUCAUGAAACAGAACAAUACAGAUGUACUGAAAACAAUACAAAACAUUACGCAAGAACACGACACUAAGUCGAAUGACAUAGAAGACAAUAGAAAUUCUAGCAGGAAAAUCACAGAAGCCACAGAAAGACUGAAAUUGAAAGAACCCGCGAAAAUACAUGAAAACGGAACCUUUGAUCUGAUGACCGAUGCGACCAACCAGAGCAUCGCUCAAGAUCUUCCGGUGGCUGAAAAACUUCGUUCACUGAACAGAUAUUUAGAUAGAAAAGGGAACCUUAUUCGUCGAGGUACAUACCCACCGAAAUUGACAACUGUACGCCGAGCCAAUGCUGAACCUACAGUUUCUCCAAUCGCAAGAAGACGACCACUUCCAGCGAGGAAGCUCCCAGCAACAAAUGAACAUGCCCAAUGUGAACUGUUUACUAACAAUCUGUGCUUGCAUAGUGAAGACUAUCCUACUGAUGCGAUACUUAGCUCGUUAAGAAGAAAUAAAGCUGCCGGUGCUCUUCUGGCCGACAUCAAGGAGCCUGGUGAAGGAGCAGUAGACGGGAUUACGGCUGCUCAAGAAGCUAAAUAUACAGCUGAUCAUUAUUUGAUAUCUAACAGACGUGGUGAUACAGCAAAUAGGGACUUUGCCAGUGCUGGAGAAGCCGGUUUCAUGUGUCCAAGUACAGUGAAGUAUGCCAGACCACAGCGAGCAAGAGCCACUUCUGGUCAAUGGAAAUAUAUUGUCAAUACUGGAGAACAUACACAAACCCUACGAUUGGAAAAGUGCUUAAAACCAAAAGAACCCUGUACAUAUCUUACGGACAAUUUCAAAUCAAAAUGUGUUCAAGUAUACAAUUACCACAGACUAUUGACAUGGGAUCAACAAAAUGGAUUGCAUAUGGAUAUUUUUAAGGUUCCGACGUGUUGCUCUUGUCACAUUGAAGGCUAUAGCGUAUCAUUUCCCCCUGUUGGCCAACGAGUGCAUGAAACAUCUUCGGAACACUUUCCUGGCGAGGACCUUUCCUCAGAACAAGGCAAUCGGGCAUUCGAAGACGUCCAAUCAUCGGUACAAAGACCUGUGCUAAAUAAAUCACCGAGCUUUGGAUUUAAUAGACCAAUCGACUCUUUUCCACCAUUUGCCGACAAUUCAGUUCAAGGUUCGGCAUUUUCUAAUACACAAUUAAAUAAUGACUUUGACAGUAUUAAAGGAUCAGGACCGACAGAUUCCUAUGGUAAUUCCUACUUUCCAGAUUCCUUUAAUCAAGCUAGCACAAUUCGUAACAUUAAAAGACCGGUACCAAGGAAUCCCGCUGGACUUUCAAAUCCUUCAGAAUCAGUAACUUUACCAAGCUUCUUAGAACCACCAACUCCGUCAGCACCUUCAUCAUUUUCGUUUUCAAAAGAUUCCAAAUACAAGCUUAGUGAUCAUUUUCAAAAGGGUCCCAGGCCAAACCGAAGACCAAUAAGAAAGAAAAUUUCCAGUGUUCCGGAUGACUUAAUGUCGUCGGGAACAUCAGCUAUUGGAGCAUUUCAGAUUGACAAUUUUGAAACUUUAGACGAUCUAAAUGACGAAGUAGAUGAAUCUCAGGUUAAUAAAGUUAUAAAUCACGCCAUCACUCGACCUACGAUAGCCCCUAAGCUCCCAGCAGCAAAAGAAAACAUUUAUAUAACAAGAGAACAUAGCAAUGACGAAAAUGGCAAGAAGAUUAAUUAUAAUUAUCACCCAAUCAUAGAUUUCUUCGAAGAAGAAGAGAAAGAUAGUGAUUCUAUUGAUAGAGAAGAUAACUUAGACUCAUAUGUUCAAUCAUCAGAAUCAGAAUGGAAACCUAUUAGCCACACACCUGUGGAUAGGAGGAAGCACUAA